CGAACUUGCUCUCCGCUGUUCGAGGCUCUCUUUAGUUGGAAUAGUGCGUUUGAUGCGCUCGUGUACAGCUCUUGUCGGUCGAAAUGCGUGAAAAGAACAUCGGAUGCUGUAUCCUCUGGAGCUUGUUUCUCACGUACCACGUGGUCAGCGAGACUCCUCCAUCAUCAAAGCUAGACGAUGUUCUUGUGUAUACUGUUGCCACCAAUGAAACAGAUGGCUACAAAAGAUACCUUAGAUCUGUGGAUGUUUAUGGGUUUCGAGAUAACUUGAAGGUACUUGGUUUGGGUCAGCCCUGGCAAGGUGGCAAUAUAAAGACUAGUCCUGGAGGAGGUUACAAGGUCAGCCUUCUGAAAAAAGCUCUAGAGGAGUACCAAUUCGAUGAACAGAAGAUUAUCAUAUUUACAGACAGUUAUGACGUGAUAUUUCUGAGUAACUUGGCUCAAAUUAUUGAGAAGUUUAAGAGUAUGGAUGCCAGAGUUCUCUUCUCUGCUGAAGGAGCCUGCUGGCCAGACAAGUCAUUGGCUUCUAAAUAUCCCCUUGCUACUCGCGGGAAGCGCUUCCUAAACUCUGGAGGCUUCAUAGGCUAUGCUUCAGAUGUCUAUGCAAUUUUGAGCUAUUCUCCAAUAAAAAAUAAGGAUGAUGAUCAGUUGUUCUACACCAAAGCAUAUCUUGACGAGAAGCUGCGGGAACGUCAUCAAAUUAAACUGGAUCAUAAGUCUGAAAUAUUUCAGAAUCUGUAUGGCGCUGUUGCUGAUGUGGAAUUGAAGUUUGUAGGAGGAAAAGCUUCUCUCCUGAACACUGUUUACAACACACAACCGCUGAUACUUCACGGAAACGGUUACAGCAAACUAUCUUUGAAUUCUUUGGGCAAUUACUUGGCUGAAGCUUGGAAUCCUGAAGAAGGAUGCACGAUGUGCUGGGAGGGCACGACAGAAUUGAAUAAAACCCAGCCAGAAACCUAUCCAGUAUUAUUGGUGGCCAUAUUUAUAGAACAACCUACUCCUUUCUUGGAGGAAUUCCUGGCCGCGAUACUCAGACAAUCUUAUCCAAAAUCGAAACUUCAUCUGUUCGUUCACAAUAACGUAGAGUAUCAUCAAGCUGUGGUAGACAAAUUCAUGAAGAAAUUUGGAAAUGAAUACAAGAGUAGCAAGCAGAUUCUUGCUAGCGAUACCAUAAGCGAAGUUGAUGCUAGAAUCUUAUCCAUGGAUUAUUGCUUGACGAAAGGGUGCUCUGGCUAUUUUUCCAUCGAUUCCAUCUCGCAUCUGGACAACGAGUACACUCUGAAGCUUCUGGUAGAGCAGCAACGAGGUAUAGUCGCGCCAUUGCUGGUUAGACCAUACAAAAUGUGGAGUAACUUCUGGGGUACAAUAACGGACGAUGGAUUCUACGCCCGUAGCUUCGAUUACAUUGAAAUUGUGAAGAACGAAAGAAGAGGAUUGUGGAACGUGCCCUUCAUUAGUAACUGUUACCUAAUCAACGCCACUCUGAUAAGUAACAAAGAGACACGUCCAUCCUACUUGGAAGACAAUUUGGAUACGGAUAUGGCUUUCGCUUAUGCUAACCGAAAACGAUCCAUCUUUAUGUACGUCAGCAAUAGGCUUGACUUUGGACAUCUCGUUAAUCCGGAUAGUUACGAUACCACGUUGACAAAUCCUGACAUGUACCAAGUUUUUGACAACAAAUUGGAUUGGGAGAAGAAGUACAUACACGACAACUACACGGAGAAUUUUAAUCCUGACCAUACUCCCAUACAGCCCUGCCCAGACGUGUACUGGUUUCCCAUAGUCAAUGAGAAGUUCACAAAAGAGCUGGUGGAAAUUAUGGAGGCGUUUGGAAAGUGGUCAGACGGCACGAAUAAUGAUCCAAGAUUAACGGGUGGUUACGAAAACGUACCAACCCGUGACAUUCAUAUGAAUCAAGUGAACUAUGAACCUCACUGGCUAUACUUCUUAAAGGAGUACGUUAGACCUUUGCAGGAACUCGUGUUCACCGGAUACUAUCACGACCCACCACGUUCCCUCAUGAACUUCGUCGUGAGGUACCGUCCGGAUGAGCAGCCAUCCUUGAAGCCGCACCAUGACAGUUCAACCUAUACGAUCAACAUUGCCCUGAACAGGGCUGGGGUUGAUUAUGAGGGUGGAGGUUGCAGGUUUAUUCGAUACAACUGUUCCGUGACGGAUACCAAGCCGGGUUGGAUGUUGAUGCAUCCUGGAAGACUGACGCACUACCACGAAGGACUCAGAGUUACCAGCGGUACUCGAUACAUCAUGAUUUCAUUCGUUGAUCCUUGAGUAGCUCGACAAGUGAUGGGACAUCCUUAACCUCUCCAAGGACACAUUUUGUAAAGUGACAAAGAGUUGAUUUAAUUUUUCAUUCGAUUACGUUUUAUUUAUUUCAUAUCAAUAGCAAUUUACUAGGUAAAAAAAUACUUGAAGAACAAUAAAUAUGCGCAGAAAGAAAUAAUGUUCACAUAGGUGAUCGUUGAGCAUUAUUGGCAAAUUAUUCAGGGCACCUCUUGGUAUUCUAUUUUUUACUUUCAUCGUAACCAGAGUGUACUAGUACGAUAGAAAAAGGAUUUAUUGUUUACAGUAGAUUUUCGCAGAGCCCGCAAUCAAAUACACGAUUAUGGGAAAUAUAACAUUUGUACGUUUAUAAUCUCUUAUAAAAUAUAACUAAUAAUACAAAUUACGUUUUUAAAUUGAUACAAUUAACUGACUACAUUUUACACGUCUGGUAUUUUAUUCUUCAAAUAAUCACAAAGACUCUACACUUCAGUAAAUGUUUCAAUGUUUUUAAAGUAGCGAUUAUCAUGUAGAAUGAAACUCUAUUAGCACUGCCGUACGAGUUUUAAUUUAUUUUUGCAGUUGAAACAAUUAAAAUGAAAAGAAAGGAACGCACACACCCGUACUAGUGUCCCUGAAGAGGUUAAAGAUAAUUGAACGAAAUAUUAAAAAUGUAUUAUUGUUAAGAAAGAAAAGUGUGCAUAUAAUGUCUAAAUGUGUUCUCGUACACGUUCAUCUUUCGCAUAGCAAAUUACUUGCAAACUUAACGUUGAAGUGUGAGUAGGUAUGCGUCUACGAGAAAAACGUGUUCCCACUGUUGAAGUUAUUUUUUUAAUAUGAGAGCUGAGACGCGAAACAAUUAUUAAUCAUAAGUGUUUGUACCAAAAUAAAAUAUUAAGUUACAUUUGUA